AUUAGAUAAAACUUCCUCUCAGCUUGACCGGGCGCUGAAAUUAAAGAAACAAAACUUUUGUGAAACUUUUCUAUGUAAAAUUAGAAUACAUAUAGUAGCAACAAUGGGGGAUGAUCUGCUUCCAGACAGUGCAAACACUCAGACGCAAACUCAAAAUUCCCAAAUCGACUGGAGUCAGCAUAAUACUCCAUCUUUCAUUCCUACGAUUUGGGGAAGACUAUAUUCUACAAAAGUUUCUAUUACUGGGAAACACUGCUGGAAGAGCGCCCAAUACCCUGAAUAUUUUGAUCUCAUACAACCUGAAUUUACUUUGGGAAGGGCCCUGACCUGUACCUUUCCCAUGAGAAAGGAAAUAAUAAAAGAAAAUAUCAUUAGAAAUGUCAGCAAGAAUCAUUUUACCAUUACAAGGGACAUGUCGGAGCCGCUUUGUCCUUCUAUUAUUACUGAUUUAUCAUACAAUGGCACUUUUGUCAAUGGGGAAUUGAUUGGCAAAGGAAAGCGCCGAGUAUUAGAUGACAAAGAUGAGAUAUCAAUCACUCAUCCUGUUGUAAAAAUUUUCAUUUUUAAAGAUUUGCUGAAGAAUGAGCAAGACCAAGUUCCUAAAGAAAUAUCAAAGAAAUAUUAUAUCUCAAGGACAUUGGGUCAGGGUGCCUGUGGCAUUGUAAAACUGAUUUAUGACAAAGUUACUUGUUCAAAAUAUGCUAUGAAAAUAAUUAAAAAGAGCAGACUGACUAAUGGACAUGUAAACCAUUUGAAUGAUCCAGAGAAAAUUAUGAAUGAGAUCAAUAUCAUGAAGGCUGUUAGACAUCCUUGUAUAAUCGCUACUGAAGAAGUUUUUGACUCCCGUGAUGCUGUCUUCAUUGUCCUGGAACUGAUGCAAGGAGGCGAACUGUUUGACAGGAUUACUAAGCAGGGACAUUUGUCUGAACAAUUCACCAAGUUCCUAUUCAGACAAAUGGUGUUAGCCGUCAAGUAUCUCCACUCUCAAGGCAUUACUCACAGAGAUCUGAAGCCUGAGAAUGUACUACUUGAGAGUCAAGACGAUGACACCUUGGUCAAAAUAACUGACUUUGGCCUUAGUAAGUUUGUUGGAGAAGACAGUUUCAUGAAGACUAUGUGUGGAACGCCAUUGUACUUAGCUCCUGAGGUGCUCAGGGCAAACGGACAGAGGAGCUAUGGCCCUGAGGUAGAUGUGUGGAGUCUGGGAGUGAUCUUCUUUGUAUGUUUGGUUGGAUACCUGCCAUUUUCGGCGGAUUACAAAGACAUGACUCUCAAAGAUCAAAUUUUGAGUGGAAGGUACAAGUUCUCGCAGUCACACUGGCGCGGUGUCAGCCUACAGGCCAAGCUCCUGAUGAAGAGAAUGCUCACAGUGCAAGUUGAAAGGAGGAUCACUCUCAAUCAAAUCCUGAACCACUGCUGGAUGCAGGACCAUGAUGUCAUCAUCCGAGUAGAAAAAAUACUCUCACAAAAAGGAAUAAUGACAGGCAUGACUCAAUUAACUGUUUCUUCCUCUUGUGAGGAUGACGAGAAUGGCAACGCUGACACUGUGACGGUCAUAAGGUUGGUAGCAACUGGAAAACGAGCAUUGAGCGAUGACUACAGCUCAUGUGAACCAAUUCCUAAGAAAUUGAGAGUUGGACUCUCUUCUGACAAACAUGACGAAACUACCUCAACAAAUAGUUACAACUCAGAUGACUAGAUUUGUGACAAAUCUUUUAUUAUUUGUUUACUGGUUCUAAUAAUUAUUUUGUCAUAUUUUACACACAAUUAUGAAAAAUAUUGUGACUACAUUCCAAUGAUGGAAGUACAAAUAAUUAGUGACGGGUAUUUCUUCCUUUUAAAUACCAUUCUAUUUUGAAUAAUUGUUAUUGUAAUGAUUAAUUAUUUCUAUAAUUUUGUUCAGCAAGGACAUGUGAUAUUUUUAAUGUUUCUCAAUUUUAAUUAGUACUGUUUUGUUAAGAGUUACUUAAUAUUUUUAUGUUUAGUGUGAAUUGAGCGCACUGAAAAUAUUUGACACAAACAAUUAUAAGAUGUGUCAUUACGCUAGAUGCGAGACAUUUUGUUUUUUAAUUAUAAUGAAUCUAAUCUCAGGUCAAGUUUAUUUUAAUGUAUGCAUGUUAACUAAUUGCAGUGUCAACUAGUUUUUGUAAGUGCCAUAUAAUGCCAGGUGCAAAUAAUUCGUGUUUUAUAAGCAACAUAAUUUUAUACUUAGUUAACAAGUCUGCAAAUGGUUGACUUGUUGUUUGAACAAAUCGGAUUCUAAUGAUUACAAACAAGCUGAUUUUAAUACGUAUGAAUAAUUAUUUUAAUAAGACUAUUGGUAAGCUUUCGAAUUGUCCGCCUUUGAUACCACCGGCUUAGUUUUACAUCAUGUUAAGUCUUGUUGAUUAUUGAAAUGAUAAUUGGUUUUAUUGUCAAUAAAACGAAAGUUAUCGAAAAUAAA